CAUGAGAAAACACUGGAACCCCAUUGUCCUAAUACACCGAACAAACACACGACCUCCGCUUCCCUUUCCCUGCCCCGACUUCAAUCAAUCAUUUCACCCAUCAACUUGUAUUUUAAUAAAAAAUCUCGACCAUAUGAAUCAAGACAUUACAGUUCCUCCUCCAUCUAACUCUGUCCACAAGCCUAAGCUAAGGCCAACCCUUAACUCUUACUUCAACAAACCCACCCUUUUCAAAGCUUUCUUUUUCUGCUUUCUUCCCUUUCUCAUUUCCCUCUUUCUCAUUGCUUACCACAAUCAAAGUGGCAAGAAUUCUGAAAUGGUGUUGUUGGCAGGAUUUUGUAAUGGCUCUGAUAUUGCUAAUGUGGAUUCUAGUGAAAGCAAAUCUGUUCCUUUUCAAGAAACGAGAACGGGUCAUGCUUGUUCAACAAUGGGGGAGCCUUGCAUUUCUUGUACCACCUUCAACAUUCUAGCUCCUAUUUACAAGCGAUUGGACCAGCAGAACCAGAGCGUACGAGAGAGUGAUUUUAGAGCAUUUUGGUUAGCUAGAAAUAAGAAGAUUGUAAAUUGGUUGCUUUACGAAAGGUCUUCCAUUAUCUGUCUCCAGGAAUUUUGGGUUGGAAAUGAAGAACUGGUGCAUAUGUAUGAAGAAAGCCUCGGUGCUGCAGGCUAUGAUACCUUCAAGCUUGCAAGAACCAACAACAGAGGAGAUGGUUUGUUGACUGCUAUACACAAGGAGUACUUCAAGGUUUUAAACCGUAGAGAGUUGUUCUUCAAUGACUUUGGAGACCGUGUUGCGCAAUUGUUGCAUGUUCAAUCAGUUGCACCCUUCUCAAUAAAUCAGAAUGAGAGUGUUCAACAGGAAAUUAUCAUUGUAAACACCCACCUUUUAUUUCCUCAUGAUUCCAGUUUAUCCAUUGUGAGACUGCACCAGGUUUACCAAAUACUACAAUAUCUGGAAACAUAUCAGAGAGAAAACAAACUCAGCCAGAUGCCAGUCAUACUCUGCGGCGACUGGAAUGGAAGCAAGCGUGGACAUGUCUACAAGUUCCUCAGGUCUCAGGGAUUUGUUUCAUCUUAUGAUAUUGCACAUGAAUACACAGACAGCGAUGCAGAUGCUCACAAGUGGGUUAGCCAUCGAAACCAUAGGGGAAACAUCUGUGGUGUCGAUUUCAUAUGGCUUCGUAAUCCUCAUAACUCACAAAAACUGUUGAAGAUAAGUUGGGCCGAAGCAGCUUUUGGCAUAAUAAAGUACCAACUUAAAAAGGUUUCAUUGGCUGAAAAUGAUGCCUUUGCCUUUCUGAGGGCUGACAGCAGCGGCAACCAUAUAACUUACUCGGCCUUUUGUGAUGCGCUUAGACAGGUAAAUUUGACUGGUCUUUCUCAUGGAUUAAGUUUCCAAGAGACGAAAGAUCUGUGGGUCCAAGCCGAUGCUGAUGGAAACGGUGUUGUAGACUAUGAAGAAUUUAAGAGAAUUUGGGAUGCUACAUGGUUACAACAUAUGGAUGAAGACUGCAGCUUAGAGGACUUGAAUGAAGGCAUUGCAGAAGACGAAGCUAUCGGUUUUGCGGUAAAGAAAGCAGUUCUCUUCCCCCAUGAAGUGGAGAAGGGAAUAUGGCCUGAAAACUACUCCCUUUCUGAUCAUGCCCGACUCACUGCUGUAUUCUCACCUGUUAGAUUACGGUGUUCGAAGCAAAGCUUGUAGAAUAAAAUUGGUGAUAGCUUCACAGAAAACAAGUUCUGUUUACACAUUUAAAAGGAAAAAUACAUACGUGUUUAUAUAGAGUCCCAGGAAAGUUCUCUUCCUCGUAUAUGUUUAGCCACGUACAUGCACCAAGACAAUCAAAUAGAAAUCAUUUUGGUUACGCAAGCAGA